UAUAAACCUUACCACAAAUACUUCUUCGUAAUUAAAUCCCACUUCUUGUCCUAACAUUUCCUUAGGACAUUUCAUCUCUUGACAAAAAUGGCCGAUCAAUUGAGGAUCCAUCCGGUCAAUCAAGACCCGGCGGAGGAGGCGGCGCCGCCCUCAAAACCCACCGCCCCGUUGGUGGGCCGAGGUUCGCACCCAUCGGAAAACGGCGAUCCCGAGCGGCAAUAUCCGCCGCCUCCCGCACGUGGCAUUCCGUAUAAGCCCACAAAGAGUCGGAGAUGUUGCACGUGCAAGAAGUGCUUUUGUUGGACCGUCUCUUUUGUUAUUCUCGUGAUACUAAUAAUCGGGAUCUUGGCCGCGGUCGUGUACUUUGUGUUCGACCCGAAAGUCCCGAAAUAUUCGGUGGAUUCGAUGAGGAUUACGGAGUUUAAUUUGGGGAAUGACAAUAGCUUGUCGGCGGCGUUCAAUGUCAAUAUCACGGCGAGGAAUCCGAACAAGAAGAUCGGUAUUUAUUACGAGGGGGGAAGUCGUUUGAGCGUAUGGUAUACGGGUACAAAACUAUGCGAGGGAUCGCUUCCAAAGUUCUACCAAGGGCACAGGAACACGACCGUGCUGAGCCUAACACUGACAGGACAGACGCGGGAUGCGGCGGGUCUGCUGCAGUCGGUGCGGACGACGCAGCAGCAGACGGGAAGCGUCCCGUUGAAUCUUCGGGCUCGGGUUCCCGUCAAACUGAAGUUGGGAAAAUUAAAGCUCUUCAAAUGGAAGUUCUUGGUGAGGUGCAGAUUGAAUGUCGACAGUUUGAAUGCAAAUAAUGAUAUAAGGAUUAGCAAUAGUCGAUGUAGGUUUAGGUUUAGGCUCUGAUUAUAUAUUAUGAUUGAUUAUUAUUAUUUGGUUUUUGGGUGUAUUAUUAUUAUUUUUUUUUUUUUUGUAUUUAUUGCUGUAUUAAUAAUGUGGAGGGCUGUUUUGCACUCCUUGCUUCUUU